AUGUUGACUUGUAAAACUUGCGAGCGCAUGUAUCAUCAUCAAUGUCUUAGCAUUUCAUCGACGCACUUUAAUACUUAUAAAUCGGAAUUAGAGCGUUUAUGGACUUGUCCUGUGUGUAGAGGAAAUACGGACGAUGCCACUGCGUCCCAGAUUCCGUCUGAAGUAAAUGUAUCGGGGCAAGAUAAUUCGGAAAUGAGUACCUCAAAUCUACAGACGUGCCCUGAGCAAGAGUUUUUCACGCCCGUUUCUCUGCAAGUUGAGAUGCGGGAAAUGAUUAAAAAUAUUAUAGUCCAAGAAACUCAGAAGGCCAUGAAUAACCUAUUGGAAAAUGUGAUGAAAGUCUUAAAUAAUAAGUUGAAUAGCUUUAGUGAGCGUCUUAAGACUUUCGGGUGCAAUCUUAAUAAAUUGGAUAUUAAUAAAAGUUCCUCUGGAUUAGAUAAGACGAUCGAGCAUUCACUUCAAUUACCAGGCAAUCCCACCGCUAAGUCUAAGCGGAAACAGCAGCGUAAAAAGUUUACUCCUACCACAACAGCUGACAACAUUGCACCUCCGGCUGAGCCGCAAAGUCAGGUCUCGUUCUCUCAAUUACAGGAUUCAGCCUUAACUUCUCAAGUUGGUAGUGCCUUUAAACAGACCGCUAGUAUAGGGGACUGGACGGAAGUCAGGAGAAAGAAACCUCGACAAGCUUCACGUAUUGUGCAGGGAACAGCUCAAUGCAAUGUUUCCGGAUUGGAGGCAUCGGAGAAAAUUAGCUAUUUCCACUUAUUUUAUGUUAAAAAAGGCACUAGUGCCGAACAAAUUAGCAACCAUUUACAAAAUAUAUGCGGCAUUGAAAACACUUCAGUUGAAGUACUCAACGCUCGAGGUAAUUAUGCAUCCUUUAAAUUGGGAGUUCCAACUAGGAUGAAUUCAGCCGUGAUGUCAGGUGUUUAUUAUCAAAAUGUAAACGGUCUUAAGACUAAACUAAAUGAUUGGAGAAUGAACCUCGCAAUGACUCAUGACCUUCAUUUAAUAACCGUAACGGAGACAAAUCUGGAUGCAUCAAUUCAGGAUAGCGAAAUAAUCUGUGGUGACUGGUCUGUGAUUCGCCGUGAUCGUGGUCGCCCGGGAGGUGGUGUUAUGAUGCUGUGGCGACCACCUGUAAAGCUAAGACGGUUACCACAAUAUGAAAGCGAACACACUGAAGAGUUAUGGGCUAGAUUUGAACUCUACGGGCACUAUAUCUAUAUCUGUUGUAUAUAUUUUCCUCCUUCAUGUCCUGAUUUAUUGUACUUUCAAUGGUUUGAUAGUGUGAAUAAUAUGUGUAAAACUCUUAAUAGUAAUCGACUUAUCGUUGUAGGCGAUUUUAACUUUUAUAGUUGUAGUGAUGAGUGUUUAUUGGGCUUCAAUAGUUUUUUAAUAGAAUGUAGUUUAAAGCAACGUAACAAUAAGGUUAAUAAGAAUGCAAGAGUUUUGAAUGGGGUCCUUACUGGUGCAGAAUUAAGUGAAAAUGAUGUGGCUAUUGAGGUUGUUAACCCGGGGGAUGAAUUAUCUAAAAUUGACGGUCACCAUCCUCCACUUAAUAUUAAUAUAACUUUCCAUUUUCAUAAUAAAGUACCUAUUAUAGAACCUUCUAAUGUGCACAGCCUAAAUGAAUGGAAUUUCCAUAAAGGCAAUUAUACAUUUUUAUAUUCUAUCCUAAAAGAUUUUAAUUGGAACGAACUCUAUACAAUGCGUUGUGUGGACAAUGCCGUACAGUUUUUUAAUAAUACAUUGUAUGAUUCAUUUGAUCAGUGUAUUCCCAGGAAAGUUAGAAAAACUACUCGGCAACGAAUUUACCCUGUUUACUAUAAUUGUGAUAUAAUUUACAAUUUGAAAAUUAAAGCUCAUCUUCAUUGGCUUUGGAAAUACAAAAAGGACUUAAAUGCUUUUGAGGAGUACAAACAACUGAGAACUAUAUUAAAGAAUGAUAUAAAAUUAGCACAUAAAAAUUAUCUCAAGAGUUUGUCCGAUAGUCUCAGUAGUAAUCCUAAAAAAUUUUGGCAAUAUGUUAAUUCAAUGCGCAAAGCAAAUGGCUACGAAUCAGCUGUGAUUUUUGAUAAUGAAGAAUAUAAAGGCAGUGGAAUGGCUGAAGCGUUUGCAAAUAAUUUUAAAGCAGUUUUCUUACCUAAUGCUCCUGUCUUAGAUGUUUCUGCAGUAUCUGGUAAUAUUAAGGCUAAUUCUAGAUACAGGCACUUAUCCAUCGGCUUGGAAAUUAUCGAGAGUUAUUCCCGUUCCUAA